GCCAGCCAGCCAUCCUGCAGGUCGAUCUCCGAGCCGGAGGCGUGGCGGUGUGCCCGCAGCCUGGCCGCCCCUCCGGUCAGCCGGAGCUCCGAGGGGCGGUGGUCGGACGGUUGUUUCACUCAAUAAACUUGAUGUUGGAGCGGUACUUGAGUUUCUCCUUGGUUGUGCUUUCCGUAAACUCUCCGCCCGACGGGCCCUGCGGGGCGGUGCGCCGUUAUGGCCCCGCCCCGGCCCGCCCUGUGCCACAAAGUGCCGUCAUGGCGGCGGAGCGGGAGCGGCGCUUCUAUCGGGAGCUGCCCAAAGUGGAACUUCAUGCUCAUUUGAAUGGCUGUAUCAGUUCUUCUACUAUGAAGAAACUUAUGGCACAGAAACCAUACCUUCAGAUCCAGAAUGGAAUGACUGUGAUUGACAAAGGAAAGAAAAGAACCUUAGAUGAAUGUUUUCAGAUGUUUCAGAUCAUCUAUCAGAUUACAACAAGGACUGAAGAUAUUUUACUGAUAACUAAGGAUGUUGUUAAAGAAUUUGCUGAUGAUGGUGUCAAAUAUCUGGAAUUAAGGAGCACUCCUCGAGAAGAAAAUUCCACAGGUAUGACCAAAAGGAUGUAUGUUGAAACUGUACUUGAGGGUAUAAAGCAGUGUAAAGAAGAAGGCUUGGAUAUAGAUGUAAGAUUAUUAAUAGCAAUAAAUAGAAGAGAUGGCCCAGCAGUUGCUAAGCAGACUGUUAAACUUGCUGAAGAAUUCCUUCUUUCCACUGAUGGGGUUGUGGUAGGACUUGACCUCAGUGGUGAUCCAAAUGCAGGGCAUGGUCAAGAUUUUUUUGAACCUCUCUCAGAAGCAAAAAAAGCAGGUCUGAAGCUGGCACUGCAUCUUUCAGAGAUUCCAAAUCAAGAGGAGGAGACGAAAAUUCUCCUGGGCCUGCCUCCUGACAGGAUUGGGCAUGGAACGUUUCUCAACUCUGCAACAACUGGCUCAGAAGAAUUAGUGCCACUUGUUAGACAGAAUCAUAUACCUAUUGAACUUUGCAUGACAUCAAACAUCAAAACUCAGACAGUGCCCUCCUGUGAUAAACACCAUUUUGGAUACUGGUACAACAUUGGCCAUCCUGCUGUGCUUUGUACUGAUGAUAAAGGCGUAUUUGCAACAGAUCUGUCUCAAGAAUAUGAACUGGUUGCAAAAACAUUUCAUCUGACUCGAUCGCAGAUGUGGGAUCUUUCCUAUGAAUCAAUCAAUUAUAUCUUUGCUUCAAAUGUGGUAAAAUCAAAGCUAAGGGAACAGUGGUGUAAACUGAAGCCGACUCUGUUUGUUUAAUCAAACGACUGCUCUAAACAGCUUAGGUACAUUAGCUUAAUUAGUUGGUUUUUUUAAUCAUUCUUUUUUUUAAGACAAAAAUCCCUGGCUUUAGCCUUUUCCAGAUAUUAGGCUUAUAAAUCUGGUCCACAAACCAAGCCAUUGUAAAAAGAAGACAGACGUGCAUCCUUUGGUAGCAAGGACAAAAGUGAAUGUCCUUUCAUGGUUGGGAAGGGCCUUAAAUCAGUGAUUAAAGUUUCAAAUAUAUCAUCAUGCAGUGUCUCUAUUUGAUAGGACAUUAAAAAUAGGACAUUAAAAACUUGAAUGGAAUACAUUGUCUUAUUAGAAACACUGGAGACUGAAAAUAAAGGUACAAUUGUUAGGGUUCAAAGGCUGCCUGUUGGCAGCAUUAUGCCAAGCCGUGUGGAUAUGGGUUGUGGAUUUUUGUUUCUUUGUAUUGUUUUCAAACAGAAGUUUUAAGCAAUUGAUUGAAUGUGAAAACAACCUCAGGGAGAAGGAGAUAUUUGUCUCAAGGGACUUGAAUGCUGCAUCUGCUUUUGUUGGCGUACCUGUAUGACUGAAUCCUGCUGUGGGUUCUCCAGUGUACUGGGAGUGCCUAUAGGUACACUCAGUACUGAUAGUAUUUAGACAAUUGGAAUCUUGAAAGCCUUAGCAAAUGGUGGAAUACUUGGAGGAAAUGGUCUAAUUCUUGAAAUGCUCUUUCUAAUUUCUAUCUGUUUAUUGUAAAAAGCAAUAAAAAUGCUUUGAGUGUUAAUGUUUUAAAGCAAUUCCAUUCUGUGUG